AUGCAAAGAAAACAUCCAACAGUUAAGUUAAAUAACUCAGAAAGUGUCGUAACCUUUAUUAGACCUGAACCUGCUAGCAAUGCUACUAGUGCCAGUUCUACAUCGACCAUUGGUGUUGAAAUCGAGAAUUUGACCCAAUCUGCAGUUACAGCGAAAGAUACAGCAGGCCCUUCAGGUGUGAAUAGAUCAGAAACUAACAUAAAACAACACAUAGUCUCUAACAGCAAUCUAUUUCAAGUUCGAGGGUUCUCAUUUGCUACACUCAUCAGUUGUUAUACAAUAACUAAAGAUUUAGUACCAAUCCUACCAUCAGAAAAACUAGAAGACGAUGUCUUAGUCAGAAAACUUCCAAACGGAAGUACAGUUAAUAUAAUUUGUACUGAUGAUACAGUUUUAAACAAAAAAACACUAACUUGCGAUUUCAAAGUAGGUUUAAAAAAACAUAAACUGUUUUAUGUGAAGCCAGUAGGAGAUGAUUGUAGCACACAUAAAACUAACUCAUUUAAACACACAAUUUUUAACAAAUUUAAUGUUUAA